AUGUUACGCAAUUCAAUUAGUAGAAGAUUCUUUUCAAGCACCAGGGUCUCGUUGGAUACACUUGCUUUCAUUGAGUCUACCGGCUCCAAAAUCUCACCAGCUUCGCUUUCAGCCGUGAGUGCUGCUACGCAAAUAGGCAAGCCAAUCACGGCAUUAUUAGCUGGUACUGACGGUAAUGCUAUUGCGUCGGAUGUGGCUAAGAUUCCUAGUAUUUCGAAGAUCGUGGUAUCAAAAAGUAGUAAGUACGACCAUUAUUUGGCGGAGGAAUUGUCCCCAUUAAUCAAGGAAGUAUUGGAAUCUUCCGAUUACACGCAUUUCAUCAUUCCAGCGUCAGCGGUUGGAAAAUCUGUUUUACCAAGAGUUGGUGCGUUGAUGGAUAUCCAGCCAGUUUCUGAUAUCCUUAAAGUUGAGUCAGAAAAUACAUUUGUUAGACCAAUUUACGCUGGUAAUGCGUUGGCGACCGUUAAGUCCAACGAGAAGAUCGUUCUUGCGUCUGUUAGAGCAUCCGCAUUUCCGCCAGUUGAGUUGAGCGGCGAUGGUUCCACUCCAAUCGAAGAGUAUACCCAAUCCAGCGAAUCCAAUAGUAGAACUGAGUUCGUCAAGGAAGACUUGGUCACUUCCGAAAGGCCAGAAUUGGGCUCUGCUACCAGAGUCGUUUCCGGUGGUCGUGGGUUGAAGAAUAAGGAAACCUUUGAAAAGUUGAUUGAGCCAUUGGCAUCGAAAUUGAAUGCUGCUGUUGGUGCCUCCAGAGUCGCAGUGGAUUCUGGGUUCUGUGACAAUUCAUUACAAGUCGGUCAAACUGGUAAGAUCGUGGCACCAGAAUUAUACAUUGCUGUUGGUAUCUCUGGUGCAAUCCAACAUUUAGCCGGUAUGAAGGACGCUAAGACCAUUGUUGCCAUCAAUAAGGACCCUGAAGCUCCAAUCUUCAAUAUCGCAGAUAUUGGAUUAGUCGCAGAUAUCAAUGAAGCAGUUCCAGAAUUAACUGAAAAAUUAUAG